AUGGUUUCAAUACCGCAUAUAGCUGCGAGACAGCUAUAUCGCGAAGAUAAUGACCCGGCACCGUAUAGGACAAUAUUAGCGGAUAAUCCGACACUGCUGAUAACAUGGUGGGCUACUGGAUGUUCACUCUUUGUCAUCCUUAUCCGCUGCUUUGGCCGCUACGUUCGGACAAUGCGACUAUUCAGAGACGACCAGUGGAUGCUACUCUCUAUUAUUCCGCUCUUGAUCCGGCUUUCGCUCGCCCACGUUGUGCUAAAGUAUGGGACAAAUAACACCCAAUCGGAACUAUUGAACGACGAAGAGAUAAGGCGUAGAGAGGUCGGAAGCCAGGCUCUUUUAGCAGCACGAGUGUUCUUUGCCAUCUACAUUUGGAUACAAAAACUUUGUAUCACGGAAUUUUACCAGAGACUAACGACCCAGUUUUGGAAGGGAGUCUAUGAUGUGGGCUUGAGGGUCGUUCGAUGGGGUUUGCUGGUUACCUUAGUAGGAUCGAUAGUAUCCACUUUCGUUGAAUGUCAACCUUUCAACCAUUACUGUAAGAUUUUCAAUAGGCAAGUCGUGCCAGAUCCUGGACCGGAAUGUCGGAAUGGUGGUAUCCCGCUUUAUGUAACAGGAGUCUUGGAUAUUUUCACCGACUUUGUCCUCGUCAUCUUCCCGAUCCCGGCGAUCGUAUACUCGAAAAUGGCCAAUAAAAGAAAGGUCCAACUGAUCGCCCUUUUCUCUCUUUCUUUCCUUCCAAUAUCUGUUGCCUCUGGACGUAUCCCUGCCACGAUAGACAGGAACUAUUCGCAACCAUUCCGCACUCUUAUGGGAUCGCUUGAAAUUCUUGCCGCGACAUUCGCUUCCAACGCCUUAAUUCUGUCGAGCUUUCUCCGAGACAAAGGCCCCAAACGUGCCAAAUUCAAGUCUAGCAGCGAGGCAGGAGAAAGCAGAAUUGGACGAAGUAUCGCUGCGACUACUAGAGGAAGAAGCGAAGCUGGUGCCGCUUACUGGGGCAGCGACGAAGACCUUGUGCGAGAUACUGGUUUUGCACUCGAGUCAGAUAUAAACGUAGGCCCUCACGACCGUCCGCCAUCCCGCCAACCGCCAAAUAUGUCGAAUCUUCCCAAGAAAUCCCCAUCUCCAACAACGGGACCCACUCGGCAUUUUGCCUCCUUAUCAAAUCAGCCUCGCGCUCGUAGCAAUACAGCAAAUAAUAACAAUCACAACACCCGCAAUAUCAGUCCGACUCUCAGAGCACCCCCAGCGCAUUCCACUUCGGCUAGCGUGAGAGCCUCAAACUGGGGAUUCCCGCUGAUGAGUAACGGGCUAGUGUUGGAUACAUCACAAGGAAUUGCCGUGACCACAAUCGAAACGCACUAUUCACCCGCCGAGGUAGAGAUCCCUGGUGGUACUGACCAGGCGUUUGAACUAGGGCCCGUCCCAGGAGCCAGAGGCGUCCAUACUCAGAUCAGCCCGAGACAUAGCAUAGGUGGCGGUCUGAUGUCCGAACCAGAAGGUCGGACAAGUGACUCUUCCUCCCGCUCAACAAGUAGUCGGGAUGGAAACCCGAAUGAGAGAAGUACAACGUCCGUGAGUUUUAGAGAUGUUGGUGGGCUUCUAAGGUAG